GAUGACGGCGCCGAAGUAGCGGUACAUACAUUUACAUUACAUUACUAAAGCCGCGUGUCCACCGCACAUCCGUCACCCGAGCGCCGUCAUCCCGGCCGCCGAAAUUGCGAGUAGAUCGGCGUGACCGCUAGAUCGUCGCCCGAGAUUUUGACGGGCCGAUGUGCCGGCAAUACAAAACACGUAUGAACUUGUCCACACACUGCCGUCGCCGUCGCAUCGUACACGAGCUCAGUUAUUAUUUUGUUUGUAAUCAAUUAUCAUUAAUUAGUAUAACAUUGUAAUAAAAAUGGCGAAAAAAUUUAAAUACGAUAUUUAUUCAUUAAUAGAAAGUAAAGAAUGUUUGUGGGAUAAAACCAAGGAAGUGUCCAAAGAUAAAGUUUUGCGUAGAAAUGCAUGGCGCGAUGUUUGUGCCUUUUUAGAGCCGAACUUUGAGGAUAUGGACCAGAAAAACAAAGACGAAAUUACAAGUGCUGUCAUGAUCAAGUGGAGUAAUAUUCGAGACAUAUUUAUAAAGUCCCUUAAGACUAAGUCAGGACAAGCCGCAAAAAAGUACAUUUACAGUGAUAACCUACAAUUUCUACUCAAGACUGCAACACCCGACGAAACUGAUUCAAGCAUACCAACUCAAAAUGAUUCUGAAAGUCUUCCCGAAAGCCAACAAACAUCACAUAGUAACCUAGACCAAUCAAUACCUUCCCCAUCCACAUCCACAUCCACAUCUACCAUGAAUCGAAGGGGAACGAAAAGGCUAAAUGCGGUCUAUGCAGAAAUAUUAAAAGCUAUACAGGCAAAUUCCGCUGAAUCGGAAUCUGAAUUAAUUGACGAUGACCGUGCAUUUAUGAUAUCUCUCCUUCCAUCCGUCAAACAAUUGAACGACGAGGAUAGGUUUGACUUUAGAAUCGAAGUUAUGCAAUUGCUUCGCAGAUUUAAAAACCGCAGUCGUUUCGCUACACCUAGCGAUCAUGGUAACUUCCACCAACUGAAGCAUGAAACCCAGCAGUAUGCACCUCAGCAAGGAAACCAACUGAUUUCACCCCAGCAUGAAACUCAGCAAUAUGCACCUCAGCAAGGAAACCAACUGAUUUCACCCCAGCAUGAAACCCAGCAGUUCACACCUCAGCAACAAAUAAAAUCUAUUAGUGGAUUAUUUUCCCAAGAUUUUUCUAAAAAUUAG